CAAUGGCAGAUCAAUAUUACUGUUAGUAUUAUCAUUUUUAUUAAAGUGAUAUCAUGCCCAACUAAGGAUAUAUAUGAAACAACAACGCCUGUGCCGACCACCACUACAUCAACAACGCCUGUACCGACCACCACUACAUCAACAACGCCUGUACCGACCACUACUACAUCAACAACGCAUGUACCGACCACCACUACAUCAACAACGCCUGUACCGACCACCACCACUACAUCAACAACGCCUGUGCCGACAACCACUACAUCAACAACGCCUGUACCGACCACCACUACAUCAACAACGCCUGUACCAACCACCACUACUACAUCAACAACGCCUGUACCGACCACCACUACAUCAACAACGCCUGUACCGACCACUACUACAUCAACAACGCCUGUACCGACCACCACUACAUCAACAACGCCUGUACCGACCACCACUACAUCAACAACGCCUGUACCGACCACCACUACAUCAACAACGCCUGUACCGACCAGUACUACAUCAACAACGCCUGUGCCGACCACCACUACAUCAACAACGCCUGUGCCGACCACCACUACAUCAACAACGCCUGUACCGAUCACCACUACAUCAACAACGCCUGUACCGACCACUACUACAUCAACAACGCCUGUACCGACCGCUACUACAUCAACAACGCCUGUAUCGACCACUACUACAUCAACAACGCCUGUACCGACCACUACUACAUCAACAACGCCUGUACCGACCACCACUACAUCAACAACGCCUGUACCGAUCACCACUACAUCAACAACGCCUGUACCGACCACCACUACAUCAACAACGCCUGUACCGACCACCACUACAUCAACAACGCCUGUACCGACCACCACUACAACAACAACGCCUGUAAACGACCACCACUACAACAACAACGCCUGUACCGACCACCACUACAUCAACAACGCCUGUACCGACCACUACUACAUCAACAACGCCUGUGCCGACCACCACUACAUCAACAACGCCUGUAUCGACCACCACUACAUCAACAACGCCUGUAACGACCACCACUACAUCAACAACGCCUGUACCGACCACCACUACAUCAACAACGCCUGUACCGACCACCACUACAUCAACAACGCCUGUACCGACCACCACUACACCAACCAACGCCUGUACCGACCACCACUACAACAACAACGCCUGGUGGCGAAGGUAUUGGCAUCGCAGUCAGAGGCGCGAGGAAUCUGUAUGAACCAUGGAGCAUUCCUUGCUCGCGUGACAACUGUAGUCAAGAUGAAUUAUCUACUUAAUCUUAUUAGGACUUGUUCAGAUUAUAGUGGUAUUUACGAUUACUAUGUUGACGGAAGUAAUGCCGGUGCCUCGGAUUUCUUUGCUGCAGGGGCUUGGGUCAUGGAUAACGGAGAGCUUGUACCAAUAACCUCGGACUUUUGGGGACCCGGAUAUCCCAACUAUCCUGGCAGUCAGCAUUGCCUGCGCAUGACAUCAGAAGAAAAUUACAUGUGGGACGACUGCAGUUGUAGCGCAACGCACUAUUUCAUUUGUGAACAGUGAACUUUUAUUUCGUCUUCCUUUGGGAUGGAUAUAUUUAAAGUGCACUUUAUCAGGUGUUUUUAGUUGAACGAAAAAUAUCGUAUGUGUAAGAGGAAAA